UUCAAAUUGAUCAAACUUCAAUAUGAAGUUGCAAGCUAGAAGAAGUUCUUAGUAAUAAUUUACAAUUGUUUAUAUCAUAAUAAAAAAUGGAUGCGAUCGAUGACACGGAAGAACAAAUAGAGCGCGAACCAUCGGUUUCAUCGCCAGAUCCUUUUGAAAGAAAAUUGGCAAGAAGAUUAAGAAUACAAAGACGAGCUGAAGCAAUACGAAGACAAAAUCUUCCUGAAGAAGAAAUAGAAGAAGUUGUGGAGGAGCCCACUCUUCACCAGCAGCAGUACAAGAAGAGUACUGAAGUAUUAGAAAAGUUGAUAUUACAAGCUAAUCAACUGGUGACGAAUGUCCGGGUGGCAAGUGAUUCCAGGGAAGCGGACAGGAGGGAAAUUGAAGGGAUUGGUAGGGAAAAGAUCAUCGAGCAACUCGAGGAAGAAGCUAAGAAGGCCAGGGACAUGUUCGACGAAAUUGCUGAUAAAUGGCUGGACGUUUUGAGAUACAACGAUCCUCUAGCAAUAAAUGACGAUAUCGCAAAUCAAAAAGAAAAGUGCGACGAACUCAUCAGGCAAAAAGAUGAAAUUAUCGCAAUGCUAAAAAACGAGAUCGCUGAAGCUGAGAAAAAGUUUUCCAUUGAUCAGAGAAAACAAACCAACGACAUCAACGUACUUACCAAAAGAAUAGAAAAACAGGUGACGUUGAUGAGAGCGGCUUACCUACAAGAACUUAAGCUUAUAGAAGAAGUACUAAUGGUAGAAAGGAGGAUGAUGAUCGACGCAGCUGAUAAACGUUGGGAAGACCUUUACAAGAAACGGGACGAACAAGAAGCGAGCAAUGAGGAAAAGAAGUUCCAGCAAAUGGAGGAAUUCGAAGAGAUGAUGCACGAACAUCAUCUAAAUUUUCAAGAAAGAUACCGCGAUACCAAAAUCAAAAUCGAAAGGGAUACCGAAGACCUUCAGAAAGAAUUCGAGCGACUUAAAGCUGAAAUAUUGCUAAACAGCGAAAAGAUGGAUUACAAUUAUCAAGUAUUGAAACGGAGAGAGGAUGAAAACGUCAUCAUUAAAGCCCAACAGAAACGUAAAAUCAACAAAAUGCAAGAUGCCAUCAACGCCAUACGAACCAACAUGCGAAAUUAUAUCACCAAGACCGAUGCUCAGUUUGCCAAAUUAACUGAACAAAUAAUAAAAUUGCAACAUUACGUUCUUGAUACAGACGAGAAGUCCGACACGAUAGCCAGACAAAAUGAUGAGAAGUUUAAGGAACUGUGGGACUUCAAUUACGAACGACUGAGCACUAUUCUUCAUAAAAUACUCACCAUAGAUAGAAUUUUGCACGAACAGCAGCUGGGAAUCAAAUGGAAACCGCCGGAAAGAGAAAUAAAAAGCAAGGAACAACUACAGAGUUAUCAGGAUGCACUGAAAUAUUUGGAGCAAGAGAAAGAAAAGGCGAAAGAAAGGGAGCCGGUUAAGAAAAAAAGCGUGAGCAGUUUCUCAAAGGAUUCCAGCAUAUGUUCGGAUGACAAAGCAGAAACUAAUGCGUACCGACGGCUUCUAAAACAAAUAUUUACUGUCAUCAGUAUGAGAUCAAAUUUUCUUCUUGACGAAGAGCUGCAGUCAAUUUUCAAAACACAAACCAACGAUGAGAAGACGAUGGUAAAAAUUGACGGUGUCUUUGAGGCUCUUCGAGUUAAAGAUCCAAAGCAGAUUGAGAUUCUGGUACAAUAUUUUCUGCCAUACGCUUAUUGUCCAAUCUGCAGGGAUAAAUCGAACGAAACAAUUACCACUGCACCUUUAGAAGACUCGAAAUCAGAGAUUACAGCUACCACUUCUACGGAAACGGUUUCUGAGAGCGAAAACAUUGAAACAGACGAAGCAAAGGAGGCUUCUGGAAGUUCGUUCGAUCAGAAAGCCUAUGUCGAGAUGAUCGACAAACUAAAGGGAACAGGAGAAGAAAUUGGUAAAGUUAUAGAGGACGUCUUGGACAGUCCUCAUACUACAACUGAAACUCAUAGUACCUACGAGUCGGAUGGGGAAAUGAAGGGGCCCAAAAUCAGUCAACUAAAAGAAGCAACUCCUUUACCCCAUCAAGCACGUCCCAAAGUGGAUUACGUGGAACCCUGCAGGGUUUCGUGUGAAAGACAUCACCCACUGAUGAUAAGCUCCAUCUACGCCCUAAGAGCUUUGCGAGAUUUUGCUGAUGAAGUCCUUCCUCAUGAUUUUGGCCCUAAAACCAUGACAGAACGACUGAGUAACGUCAGAAGAAAUAUAUCUAGACUUCUAACGGAAGAAGAUAUCAAAUUCUUUUGGAUGCAAUUCAGGAAUGUGUUCUCCCCUACGAAGGAACAAUUGUGGGAUGGACUCAUGUUCGGACUUCAGAAAUAUCACGAAAUUUUGAAAGAUCGUAAAAAAAUCAGCGAGGAAGUACUGUGUCUACGACAUCAAAACAACGAGUUGAAGAGGAUUCUGGAAACUUACGAUCCAGGAAAUCCUAAUGCGAAACCACCUUGCCCAAUAAAUAGGCCACAUGUAAUCUGAUUUGUACAUUCACUCAACAUUUGUCUUUUAAAAAAUAAACUGUGCACCUGUA